UCCAACAUGGCUGCCCGCGUAUGUAAACAUGCGACCUAAACUAGAAGCUAGUGGCGUUCAAAUUUAACAGUUCAGUAGUAUGUAUACACGUCGCUCAUUCGUGUGAUAUCGAAUAAUUUGAUAUAAACAGCAUAUGCGGGAUUGUUAACAAAGUAGACAUCAAUUUGUAAGUUAAUAUCGAGCCAGAAAAGCUAUCGUUGGCGAGCUAACGGCUAACGUUAGCCAGGCAGCGCAGAGCCAUGCCAGCGCAGACCAUAUUCGUGGGCUCUUUACCAGCUUCAGCUUCAAAUGAUCGACUAACGGAAAUAUUCUCUGAAAUUGGUCCAAUAAAGCAAUGCUUCGUGGUCAGAGAGAAAGGCACAGAAAAAUGUCGGGGUUUUGGCUAUGUCACAUACUCCAUGCAGGAAGAUGCAGACCGAGCCAUAAAAGAAAUAAAAGAAUACGACGGACACAGGCUUUCUAUAUCAGUGGCAAAGAGGAAAGUAAAAGACAAAAGGAAAACAGCACCUAAAAAAACAGCGGCAGCACCUGAAGAGCCAGCUGCAGAAUCAGAGGAAAAUCCACAGAAACCCAAAGGCUUCAGGAAAACCCUCCUGAAGGCCAGACUCAUCAUAAGGAACCUCAGCUUUAAGUGUUCAGAAGAUGAUCUCAAGCAAGUUUUCUCCAAGUUUGGAACAGUUCUUGAGUCCAAAAUUCCCCUCAAACCUGAUGGGAAGAUGCGAGGAUUUGCCUUUGUGCUUUUUAAAAAUGUCUCUGAAGCAGCGAAGGCGCUUAAUUCUAUGAAUUUGAAGGAGAUUAAAGGUCGGCAGGUAGCAAUUGACUGGGCUGUGCCUAAGGACAAGUUCAUCGCUACACAGCAGUCCUCAAGUACAGGAAAUAACAAUACAGAAAAGGCGGCUGCAAAACAGCCUGAAGCAGAGAGUGACACAGAAGACGAGGACGAAGAAGAGCCACGAGCAGCAGCUGGGAAGAAAAAAGCCAUUUCAAAACCAGCCGUGCAGCACGUGGAAGAAUCCCAGUCAGAUGAUGAAGAUGAUAGCGAGGAACAAAGCAGUCAGGAGGAAGAGGAGGAAGAGGAGGAUGAUGAUGAUGAUGAAGAUGAAAAAGAGGAUGAUGAUGUGUCCCAAGAGGCAGAAGACGAAGAUGACGAUGAUAAGAGUAGCCUUGAUUCAAAUGAUGAUCAAGAUGAGAGCGAGGAUGAUGAGGAAGAUGAGGAGGAUGAGGACGAAGACGAUGAAUCAGCUAAAAAGAAAACCCCCAAGAAACUUCUGCCUUCAGAUGUCAACGAGGGCAGAACACUUUUCAUCAGGAACCUGUCCUUUGACACGGAUGAAGAGGGUCUUGAGGAAGUUCUCCUUAAGUACGGAGAGCUUAAUUACAUAAAGAUUGUUCUCCACCAAGACACAGGACAUUCAAAAGGUUGUGCAUUUGCUCAGUUUAAGACUAAAGAGGCUGCAGACAAAUGCAUGGCUGCAGCACAGGAUGAGGCAGAGAAUGGUGGUAUCCGUGUAGAUGGCAGAAAGCUGUUGAUUGUGGCAGCGGUGACCCGAGAGGAUGCUGCCAAGCUGAAAGUGAAGACUGUGAAAGUAGAAACAGGCACCAGGAACCUGUACCUGGCCAGAGAGGGAUUGAUCCGUGCUGGAACCAAGGCCGCAGAGGGCGUGCCUGAAGCAGACAUGAUCAAAAGAACCAGAUUUGAAGAGAUUAAGAGAGCCAAGCUUCGGGCCAUAAAUGUGUUUGUGUCAAAGACUCGUCUGUGUGUCCACAACCUGCCCAAGUCAGUGGACAAUAAAAAACUCAAAGGUCUUUGCCUCCAAGCAGUAAAAGGAAGCAAGAAAGUACGCAUCACAGAGUGUCGGGUGAUGUAUGACAAGAAGCCAGAGAAGGGUCAGGUGAUGGGACAAUCAUUAGGUUAUGGCUUUGUCCAGUUCCAGGACCAUGAACAUGCUCUCAGCACACUUCGUUACCUGAACAACAACCCUGACGUCUUCGGCCCACACAAGAGACCUAUUGUUGAGUUCUCUCUGGAGGAUUCGAGGAAACUCAAAAUAAAAGAAGUGAGACAGCAAAAAAACAAGGAGUUUUUCCGAAAUCGGCUUUCUAAAGGAGGAGCGAACCCUGGAGGACCCUGGAAAGGUGGGAAUAAAGCAAAGUCCUCAUCAGAGUCGUCAGGAAAUGAGAGAGCUCCUCUUCAAAGCCAAAAGCAGGACAGACGCUUUAUGGGCUUCCAAACCAACCCUGAGGUUGAGCACGUAGAUUUGGAGAAUGGGAAGAAACGAAAGAAAGUUCUACCCUUUCCUUCCCAUCGGGGACCUAAAAACAGAAUGCGUGACAAAGGAAAGCAACAGGCUCCGCCUCCCAAGAAAGCGAGGCCUGGAUUCAACAGGAAUGAUCGUCAGAGACAACAGAUGGAAAAGCCCACACAUCCCAGAAACCAGAAGAUUAAAACAGCAAAGAAACAUUUCAAGAGAAAGGAUGGGGACCGUUUUGACAGCCUGGUGGAGCAGUACAAGAAGAAACUGAUGGGAAACAGUGACAGGAACAUCAGCGGCAAAAGAAACAAGUGGUUUGAUAGUUAAUGGUGCCUGUGUGUAUGUGUGUGUAUGUUUGUGAGUGUGAGAGAGAACAUGUUCUUGAAUUUGACGUCAUUAAGGCUACCACAGCAGAAGUGCUCCACAUUAGACAUCCUGAGGCUUAUAAAUAAGUACUUUGGUUCCCAUGAAUUAAUUUUGUUUUAUAACUAUACAGUAUUUGAUGUCCAUGUGUGAAACUUUACUGUCACCUAACUUCAUUUAUAUCGUUCCUGCAUAUCUGAUAUUCAUGUUUAUGGUUUGUUUUUUUACUACUAAAACAAACAGAAUAAUG